GACAAAUCAAACAAGAUUACACAUGACUAUAUUUAGGCUUACACAUUGAGAGAAUUCAAUGAGUCAAAGUACUUAGAUGAACAGUUCCAAAAGUCAAAAGUGGACAAAGAGAGUGGGACGGAGAUAGUAACUCCUAAUAAUUCUCUUACAAAAUUCAAGAACUAUUUAUCUGUGGAAGACCAAGAAAAUGAAGAAAUAACUCUAGAAAUUUUGUGGAGAAGAUGGAGUACCUACUUAGGACGUUGACGACGAAGCAACAAAUUGAUUCCAUCAUCAGAGACACCGUCGAUAAGGUUCUCGUCCUCCGCUUUGGCCGUUCAUCGGAUUCCGUCUGCCUCCAUCUCGACGACGUCCUUUAUAAAUCCGCGGCGGAGGUCUCCAAGUUCGCGACGGUGGCGCUGGCCGAUUUCGAUGCCGAGGGAGUGCAGGUUUACGUGAAGUAUUUUGAUAUCACUUUGAUUCCUUCUACUGUGUUCUUCUUCAAUGCUCAUCAUAUGAAGAUGGAUUCUGGGAGUGCAGAUCAUACAAAGUGGAUUGGGGCAUUUAUCACAAAACAGGACUUCAUUGAUGUUGUGGAGGCAAUAUACAGAGGAGCGAUGAAAGGGAAGCUGAUUGUAUCAUGUCCCCUUCCUCCCGAGAGGAUACCAAGGUUUCAGUUGCUGUACAAAGAAUUGUAACACUCUGGUAAUAGUACUCCAUAUGCCAACUUGUUAUGAUUCUUGGUGUAGCACAGUUGGUUUUAAUGCAUUAUGUUUUAAUUUAUUGAACUUAAAUGAGUUAAAUCUUCACCACCAAGGAAUAAGCAUUGCUGCUACAG